AUGAAAUUCAUUCUGAAGCACGGGAAAAGCGAGCGGGACAUAAAGAACCUACGGCAGGAGAUUGAGAUUCUCCGGAAGCUGAAGCACGAGAACAUAAUCGAGAUGCUCGACGCCUUCGAGACCCCGCAGGAAUUCUGCGUCGUCACCGAGUUCGCGCAGGGCGAGCUGUUCGAGAUCCUGCAGAACGACCAGGCGCUUCCCGAGGCCGAAGUGCAAGUCAUCGCCAAGCAACUGGUGCGCGCGCUGUACUACCUGCACUCGAACCGCAUCAUCCACCGCGACAUGAAGCCGCAGAACAUCCUGGUGGGGGCGGGCGGCAUCAUCAAGCUCUGCGACUUUGGCUUCGCGCGCGCCAUGUCGUGCAACACCAUGGUGCUCACAUCCAUCAAAGGUGCGCCAUGUCGUGCAACACCAUGGUGCUCACAUCCAUCAAAGGUGCGCCAUGUCGUGCAACACCAUGGUGCUCACAUCCAUCAAAGGAUUCUCCAUCGCACCCUCCUCCUCACCCUCUAUCAAUCCGAGCAGGCACGCGGCUAUACAUGGCGCCAGAGAUGGUGCAGGAGCUUGUACGGUCGUCCUCCUUCAAGUGUCCAUCCUCUCCCUUCUUCUCCCCUCCUCUACUCCCGUGCAGGCACGCCGCUGUACAUGGCGCCGGAGCUAGUGCAGGAGCAGCCGUACAACCACACGGUGGACCUGUGGUCGCUGGGCGUCAUCCUGUACGAGCUCUACGUGGGGCAGCCGCCCUUCUACACCAACUCCAUCUACACGCUCAUCAACCACAUCAUCAAGGCAAGCGCAUUCUUACCCACACGCCUGCUGCACCACAUGCCACUCUUCCUUCAACUCCCCUCUAUUCCCCUUCCCUUCACUCCCUUCACCUCCCCUUUACUUUCCCCCUCUCCCUUCCGCUUUCACCCCACCAGCGACGCCAUAGCAGCAGCAGCGAGCGCACUGCACUCCCUGGCAUCCCUCGUCACCGACCGCCACCCCUCCGACCCUCCUCUGGACGUGCGCUGCCUGCACUACGACGUGCUCCCCGCCGUCCUAUCCCUGCUCGACACGUGUCUCGCGGACAGAUCCUCCCGCCUGCAGCCUCUGCUGUGCCCCGCGCUGGCCCUGCUCCGCUGCGCCUUCGCCCUCAGAGCGUCCCUUGCUGGCAGCCAGGCAGGGAAGGACAAGGAGAAGGAGAGGCAGGGGAAGGGGAAGAAGGGCGAGGAGGGGGAGUGGGAUCGGGAGACGGAGGGAGCGUUUUUGGAGAAUGCUCUGGCGUUUAUCAAGAAAUACCCCAAGGUGGUGGAAGGGCCAGCGCAGCAGUCAGGAGAGGCAUGCCACCUCGCCACGGCCUCCCUCACCCUCCUCCUCGCCGCCUCCUCUGCCGCCGUCCGCGCAGCCUGCCUCCCCGGCGCCUCUCCCCCCGCCCCUUCCGCCACUGCGCCCCCGUCGACUGGCUCACAGCGGCAGCAGAAGGCAGGGGGAAGCACUCGGGACAGGAGCACAAGGGGCACACAGGGAGCAGCAGCAGGGGGAGGGGGUACAGGGGGACGGGGAGGUGCAGCAGCAGGGGCGGGCAGUGUGAGCUACGUGGAUACAGAGAUACUGUCGUGCGCACAGGCAGUGGCAGUGACGGAACAUAUGGCCCGCUGCAUCGCUCUUGCAGGGAAGGGGCUUGCCCUCGCUGCGCAAGAGCAGGAGAGGAAGGGUGGAAGAGGAGGCACUGCUGCCCGGGGUGCCGGCCGGGCAGCUGAAAAGAUUGAUGCAGAGGAGGCAGGGGAGUGGCAGCAGGCGAGUCUGCAGGCGCUGCUGGGAAUCUGGGCAGCAGUGGAAGGAAUGGAGGCAGCGAGUGGGGAGUGGAGCAGCGGGGACAGGAAAGGCUUCCCGUUAGCAGUUAUGCUGGGGGCUGCACCAGGGUGGGAGGGCGUGGAAGGUAUAGGGAAGAAGGGAGGGAAGCUGCGGAGGACUCUUGGGGAGAAGCUUGAGAAGGGGAGGUUUGUGGGCGAGAGGUUGUUGCGGCGAGUCGUGGAGUCCUCUCACUCUCCGUCUCCCGCUGCUCCCGAGGACGCCUUGCAAUGCAGCGUCCGGGCGGCGUUGGCUUGUCUGGUAGUGGCGGCUGUGGCGGAGGGGUUGGGGUUGAGGGGCCUGCAGGGCGGCAAGUGGGUGCUGACGUCAGACUCUCAAGUGCAGGAGGUCAGGCUGGCUGUCCUAGGGCGGCUGGCAGGGGACGGCGGAUUAGGGGAAGGUGCAUCUGCAGCAGCAGCAGCGCUGGCCAUGGCAGUGAUCAUGGAGCUGGAGCUCGCACAGUCAGGCGAGCGCCGAGGCUCCUUCGGAGGCGGGUCUUGGGGCGGCGGCAGAGCCUCGUUUGGCGGCACCCCUGGCAGCAGCAGCAGCCCAGCAGAUGCACCUGACUCGUCUAAUAUCUCCGACCUUGUGCUGAAAUACCUCCCGCCCCUCGCUCUGCUGUCCGCUAAGCUGCGCGUUGCUCACGCGCCGGGGUAUUCCAAGGCGAUGGAGGGGUUCGGGGCGUGUAAUGGCGGGUGGGGGGAGCUGUGGGGGGGCGCGGGAAGGGUGCUGGGGCGGUGGCACGGGGUGCGGGACGGGUAUGUGGGCAUGCUCACUGUCUCCCUGCGCCUGGGGGGCCCUCAGGCCGUAGAGAAAGCUCUGGGAGAUGGAUUGCUGAUAUCUAUGAUGAGUGUGCUGGGAGGGGGUGUGGGUGCGGGGAAAGGAGGGAGCGGAGGGGGGAGGGGCGGAGCUGGAGAGGCGGUUGAGGGGGAGAGGGCGGCGUGGGCGGCGGGGGAGAGGGGGUGUGCGCCCCCGGACCAUGUGGGGCUGUCCCCCACGGGCGUCAUGUGGCUGCUGGCGGGGCUCUACAUGUGCCUGCCUGCCGGUGGUUACCGCGACGCCCUCAUCGGUCCCGACCCCAUCGACAUCCUCCUGAAGCUUUUUGGAACCUUCCACCUGGCGCACCUGCAGGCGUGGGACAACUGCCAGGGGGGGCCGUGGGGGGAGAUGCAGCUCGCGCUGGGGGGGGGAGGCGCGGAGGGGUCUGGGGGAGGCGGGGGAGGUGGGAGAGGGGGAGGGGGGGCGGAAGCUGGGCAGAUGUGGGGGGAAACAGGGUGGGUGAUGGAGGGGAGCUUGGAGGGAGUAGCGCAGCCAGUAUCACUGGAUAUGGUGGUGGAGCUAGUGUGUGGCGUGGUAGACGUGCUCCUCUUCCCCUUCCACGCAGUUGUUGCAGGGGAUGCCAUUGGGGGGACGACCAGUGCAGGCGGCACCACCAGUGCUGCCCCCGCUGCUUCGGCAGUUAGCGGCGCGGCGGGUGGCAGCAGCGGCAGGUCGGGCGGCAGUGGGGGGGAGAUGGAUGAGCUGUCACGGGCGCUGCUGGCGCUGCAGCCGCAGUACCUGCAGAUGCUGCAGGAGUCGUCAGCCAUCCCAGUGCUGCUGGCAUCACUGGCAGUGCUACAGGGUCCAGCGCUAAUCGGCCCCAUCAACCUGCUCUCACGCAUCGCACACCACUCGCCAGCAGCAGCGGCGCUGCUGGUGAGGCACGGAGGGCUGGACCCGGCGCUCAUGGGGAAGCUGUUCGGCAUGGAGGAGCCGGAGGAGGGUGAAGGAGAGGGGGGAGAUGGUGAGGAGGGGCAGGGGUACGUGAUGGAGGUGGUCAUGGACGUACUGCUCAUCGUCUCCCACCUCUCAAGGCUCUCUGAGACUCCUGUUCCACAUCUCAUGAUCUCCACCUCUCACUUUCUUCACCUUGUUCGCCCCCAUGCCCUCCCUCUCUUACAGGACUACUACGAGCCCAUAGCCACGGCGGACAUCUACGGUGCACUGGAGGUGUUCCUUGCGCACCCCGAUGCUGGAGUGCGCUCCAAGGCGUGCAACGCCGUGGGCAACAUGUGCCGCCACUCCGCCUACUUCUACCCCAUCAUGGUGGACUCGGGGAUUCUCUCGCGCCUCAUAGAGUGCUGUGCAGACCACGACCGGAACACACGCAAGUUCGCCUGCUUUGCGAUUGGCAAUGCAGCAUACCACAACAGUUCGUUGUACGCCGCCCUGAGACCAGUCAUCCCGCACCUAGCAGUCCUGCUAGCAGCCGAGAGUGGGCAGCCCAGCAUCAGCGACGACAAGAUCAAGGCCAACGCUGCAGGCGCGCUGGGCAACAUGGUGCGCAACUCAGGGGAGCUGUGCCACGACCUCAUCUCCCAGGGGGCGCUGCAGGCCUUGGUGGACUUGGUUGUGACUGGAACAAGUCAACAACCAACUCCGCGUAGAGAGGGGGGAGGGGAGUCGCAGUCACCAGUUAAGAUUGCGUUGUUCUCCCUUGGCAACAUGUGCUCUCAUUCGGCGUGCCGGGAGUAUCUCCGGUCGAUAGAUAUCUUCCGCAUUCUACAUCGGCUAAAGCGAUCAGGAGACAUGACCAUAGUGAAGUACGCCACCCGCAUUCUCAGCAAGUUCCCUGAAAUGCGAGCACACUAA